AUGGAGAGUCGUAGUGCAAUGAUCCAACAACGCAGGCCUUCAGUUAGACUCUAUACUGAAUUUUCGCAGAAUUAUCCAACUAUACGCAUACGUAAUCUGUCAGUUCAAAUCGAUGACAGUUCACAUUCAAUACGAUCAGUUACAGAUGCUGAAACAUGCUUCCAGUCUACAGCUAUGCAGACUGUGAAUCGUACUCCAAAUGCCAGUGUACAAGUGGAUCUUUUAACACGAUCACAAUCAGAAGUAACUCAAACUGAACCAGAAAUGGCAUUAGAUAUAUUGAAUCAGUCAACUUUAAUAGAUGCCUCAGUGGAAUCUGUUGAACAAUCUGGAAAUCAUGAACAACACACUGACUCUUUUAAUACACUUCGUGUCUAUCUAUUAAAUCAAUUACCAAUCAGUGUUUUAUCCGAUGAGUCAAGCAUGAAAAAGCUAAGCGAUUGUUCAAUAUGUAUGGAAAAUUAUCGUAUUGGUGAUCGUGUCAUGGGACUGCCAUGUUUUCAUAUGUUCCAUCAUAGAUGUUUGUGCGCAUGGAUUGAAAAGAAUUUACAAUGUCCAGUGUGUCGAAUGCCAGUCUAUGAAGUGGACUAA